AUGCCACCUACAGAAAAGCUGUCUCUGGAACAGGAUGUCAUUGGAAACGACAGUGGCAUCAAUGCACUCUAUGAGACUCUGGGAAACACCAAAGUUGAGGAUGCAAAUGCAUCUGUGGAAGCUGACAGGCUGGCUAUUCUAAACAAAGUGGAGACCGAUGUUGGAUUCCCUGCGCUAAAUAAUCAAGUGAACGACUUGUUGCGUCAUUGGAUGAAAGAUGUCCUUACCCAGUUGGUGGAAACUCGAGAAGAGACCAAUGAUACAGAAUAUGCAGACUUUUGUAAUCGAAUUGGGGUUGUUUUUGAAAAGAAUGGAGAGCAUGAUGCUGCACUGAAACUCCACAUUGCAGCUCUUGCAAUAUGCAAGGUUGAAUUUGGAGAGAAUCACGAGAGUACAGCAACCACUUACAACAAUAUUGGGACUGUACUGCUACAGGCCAAGGGUGACUACAGAGGUGCCUUGUCAAAGUUCAAAGCAGCUCUUGUCAUUCAGGAAUUAAUAUUGGGCAAGGAUCACCCUGAUUUGGCUACCACAUACGACAACAUAGGGGUUGUUCAGGAGAAGUUAGGUGACUAUGGAGGUGCCUUGUCAAUGCACGAGGAAGCCCUUGCGAUUAGAUUGUCAGUAUUGAGCAAGGAUCAUCUUGAUGUGGCGGUGUCAUACAACAAUAUAGGUGAUGUGUUGCGGAACAUGGGUAAAUAUGAAGGUGCCUUGUCGAGAUUCAAGCAAGCUCUCUCUAUUCCAGAGUCAGCAUUCGGCAAGAAUCAUCCCUCAUUGGCAUCCUGCCUCAACAAUAUUGGGCAUGUUCUGCAGACGAAUGGAGAUUAUCAAGGAGCCCUUUCAAAGCACGAGGAAGCUCUUGCAAUUAGACUAUCAGUAUUGGGCAAGGAUCAUCCUGAUGUAGCUAAGUCCCACAACAACAUUGGAGUUGUAUUACGGAGCAUGGGCGAUUAUGAGGGUGCCCUGUCAAAAUUCAACGAGUCUCUUUCUAUUCGAGAGUCAGUGCUGAGCAAGAAUCAUCCAUCAGUGGCAUCUUCCCUCAGCAAUGUUGGGCUAGUUUUGCAGAGGCAAGGUGACUACUCAGGUGCUUUGUCAAAGCUCGAGGAAGCGCUUGAAAUUAGAUUGUCAGUUUUGGGCAACAAACACCCUGAUGUGGCCGUGCUGUAG